AUCCACCUCUAACACCUUCUUCUUAUUUGAAUAUCAAAUCUCAUCAUAUUUUCAUAUGACGAGAUCGAGGAGAGUCUUUGACACAGAGGAAUUAUUUAUCAAUGCUAUCGCGGAGCGCACAGCCGCUCUCUCUGCGCAUUACUGCCAUCAGAGAGGCUAUUUCACCGUUGUUCUCUCUGGUGGUGAUCUCAUCUCUUGGCUAAGAAAACUUUUGCAACCUCCUUACAUUGAUUCAAUCGAAUGGUCUAAGUGGCACAUCUUUUGGGUCGACGAGAGGGUUGUUCCAUGGGACCAUCCAGACAGCAACUACAAACUCGCCAUGGAUGGUUUUCUCUCUCAGGUUCCCAUUCCAACUGGAAACAUUUAUCCCAUCGAUCAAUAUUGUGCAGCUGUUGGUGAUGCCAAAGGGGCCGCGUUCCUCUACGAGAAGUGCAUCAAAAGAUUGGUAGAUCGAAACAUCAUCCGCUCAUACAAAUCCUCAGGCUUCCCACAGUUCGAUCUCCAGCUCCUAGGAAUGGGUCCAGAUGGUCAUAUGGCGUCCCUGUUCCCGGGACAUCCUCACAUCAAUUUUAAGUCAAAUUUGGUAACUUAUAUCACCGAUUCCCCAAAACCGCCACCAAAAAGAAUCACCUUCACUUUACCGGUCAUUAACUGCUCUUCCUACAACCUCAUGGCUAUCCGUGGUAUGGAACAGGCUGAUGCGGUGGCUAGGGUUUUUAACGAUGAUCUCGACUUGCCUACAGCUAGGCUCAAAGCUGAUACAGAAGUCAUCUGGUAUCUGGACGCAGACGCUGCAUCCAAGCUCUCUGACUACGAUGAAGAAUAAUAAGGUUCGCCUCUCCGGUCCGUUUGGUUCUCUUCUAUUUAUUUGUAUCUUAUAUAUCUUGCUUUGCCUUUAAUGUUCCUAAUGUUUUCUUCUUUUUUUUUUUUGGUGGACUGAAUGUUUUCUAAUAAGAGCUGUGUUUGGAAUGUAAGAUCGAGUUGGUUCGGUUUAUUCUUGCAAACAGGUACGAUUGUAUUUCUCUUCUAUGAGUUCUAAUGUAAUUCAUAAUUCGUUUGAUCCUGGCUUAGU